AUGUUCUUCCAGCAGCUUCCGGCGGCCGAGUCGAGUCCAGACAGGAAGUUCUCUGCUGGGACAGGAAGUGAUCAGCCGCCUGGUCACGACCUCCUGACCUCACGCUUCACCGCCGGAGGUCGAGGCGUCGUAUUGGCGGCUCUGAAACAGCGGUCUCACAGCGCCCCCCGCAGGAGGGAGGUCAAAGUGCAGCUGCUGGAGCCAGGGCCGACCACGACCGGCUCCCAGCAUGCACCUGGUCUGAGGGCCGGCUCCCAGCAUGCACCUGGUCUGAUGGCCGGCUCCCAGGAUGCACCUGGUCUGAGGGCCGGCUCCCAGGAUGCACCUGGUCUGAGGGCCGGCUCCCAGCAUGCACCUGGUCUGAGGGCCGGCUCCCAGGAUGCAGUGGGUGUCCAGGCGGAGGCUGAGCGGUCCUCUGGUCGCCGUGGAGACGCCACCGAUGCAGCAGCUGCAGCAGCCGCGGCCGUAGCUGCAGCCGCUCCUCUCAUCAAGGCUCAGUCAGACAUGGAGGCUCGAGUGUCACAGCUGGCAGACGGCGUUGAGAGACUGCUGCAGGCCGACAGGCAGGCUGACAGGGGGCGGAGCCUGAGCCAGCACACGCUGCAGCACCUGGAGACGCUGCACAGCCAUCAGCUGCAGCUGCAGAGCCAGCUGCUGGAGUCAGCUCUCAGGAUAGUCGCAGGCCACGCCCCCUCUGACCCCGCCAUGACCUCUGACCUCACAGCGUCAGGUCAGCCAGCCUGUCUGCAGGUCACUCACCUGGAUGCUGCAG